GUUAUAAUUAUAUUUUGGUAAUUUGGUUUGGUUGUAAAAUGAACAUUUUGUAGAUCUAAACCGAUCUUUAUUCCUCAGCUAUGAUUUCCCAGAACCAGCUCCUUAAACGGGCUCUGCCAUUAAUCGUUCAAAGCGCCUCCGCCCACCGCAAGCCGCGAUGGCUGCCCGUAGCCAAAAGUCGAAUGUUCCGCAUCCCCAAACGCCCGGAAAUACCUGAAGAAGAGAAGAAAGAGUUGCUGCGACUGCACAACAACUACAAGACGCAGAUGCGGGCUAUAAAAAGGUUCUACUUCGAGGAGAAGAUAAAGGAGAACUCUUCGCUUCAAAGUGCCAGUUCGGAAAUGAGUCAGAAACUGGAGGCUGAGGAUUGGGAGCGCUGCGUGGCGCUGAACGAGCAGUGGAACGCGCAGGUGGCGACCGAGCGUGAGGAGCGGCGCCGCGCCGAGCUGGAGAAGAUGGAGGCGCAUGCGCUGCAGCGGAUGGAGGCCAAAGACCGGGAGCUAGAGAAACGGAUAGAAAGGGCUUCUGAAGAGAUUAGGAAGCAGAAGGAGCUCAGUGCAACAUUCAUCACACCGGAGACACUGGACGCAGCCAUUGACAAAGCCCUAGACAACCCCAUAGACUACAACUUUGCUAUAGACCUGAGAGGCAACAAAAUUGAAGGGAGGGACACACCACCAUACAAGAACACUGAGGACAAACGAGAGGCAGCCAGUAACUGAUCAAUGAAAUAUUCAGAUUAGCCUCAUGGUAGGCAUAAGAAUAAUGUAUGAUAAAUAUUAGGGUUCCUUACUGCAGAUUUUAGGAUUACAACCAGCUGUUUGUUAAUUUAGUUGAAUAUAAAACUGAAAACCUA